AUGGUGGUGGAACGCCCGUCAGAUGCAAUGAUGCAUGGAUUGCAUUAUGUAGCUGGGUUGGUGUUUUAUAGCGUUACGCCAGUUGCGGUUGUGUGUGAGAGUGUACCGCCGUUUGGUCUGACAAAAGAAAUGAUCAUGGCACUGUCACAACGCCAUGCAUACGGAUUGUCGCUCUUUAUCGCUGCAUCAGUGACUCAAUACCAUAUACACGCAUACCUUGCGUCGCUGAAACCGAGAAUAGGACCUAGAAUAUAUAUCUUGCCAAAGGGAGGAUUGUUUGACGCCGUGCUGUGUCCACACUACUUUUUAGAGAUUUUGAUCUACGCUGCUCUGUUUAUGGCUGUUGGAACAUGGACGACAUUCGCGGUGCUGGUAUGGGUGGUUGUGGACUUGAGCGUGUCGGCUGACGAGUCGUAUAAGUGGUACCUGGCGCGGUUUGGGGAUAAGCUGAAUCCUGAGAUUGCGAGGAUUAUCCCGUUUGUGUUUUAA